AUGUCUCUUCAAACGCCCCGCAUCCUCCCCUCCCACCUGAACGCCUUCCACCCCUCCAGCUCCGGCCAGCGCUCAACGCACACCAUUCGCAUUCUCGGCACCGUGAGCGCACUCCGCGGCGACCACGCGACUAUCACAUGUGGGAAGAAUGGCGAUGUCACACUUAUCCUGAAGCCGGAUUCGCACCUGCAAAUGGGGAAGCUGAUUGAAGUUGUUGGCAAGGUUACUGAUCUGGAUGACGGACAGGGUCUUGGUGUUCGGGUUUUGGGAACGACGGACUGGGGUAACCCCGCUGAUUCUGACUACCGAACCUAUGAGCAAGUCGUCGAAGCCACGCACCGCUUCAAGUCCAUUUUCUAUGAUGCUGAAUGA